CAUAAAAUAUUAGCGAAGAAGUUGAAGAAGAAACAGAAACAUGGCGUCCUCCAUUAGAACGGUCAUUCGAUUUCGCUCGAUAGUUUUCACAUCAGCUGUAAAACAUGCAUGUAAAACACUCGGGCGGAUUUUCAGCUCGUGUUCCUCUGGCCGUAUCCAGACCAGGAGCAGCCUUUACGAGCAUAUUAAGGAGGGCUACAGUGAUAAACCCAAGCUGGAUAUGCUGCGAAUAUGUGAACACACCGACCAAGUCAUUUCUGAGGUGUUGAACAGGAAAGGAGAUUUAGUGGCAGCUGAUGUACGAGCUAUUAUAUGUGCGUGGAAACAGCUUCAGGAGGUUCAGAAAGAGAUCAACGAGUUGGAAAAACAUAAGAAAACGAUCAGUGACAAAGUCCGGACUCUUGUGGAGCAGCAUGACAAAAAAGUCCUGUCUAAUCUUACGGCAUACAAGUCUUUGAGAGAUGAAGGCCGAAAACUCAGACUGCGGUUGAGUCAGCUGUACUCACAACAGAGUGACUUGGAGGAGGAAUAUUAUAAUGGAGCUCUGAGGCUUCCCAACCGGACACAUCCAGAUGUGCCCAUUGGAGAUGAGAGUCAGGCGAAGGUAGUUGAAAUGCUCGGACAAAAACCUGAGUUUGAAUUCAAAGCAAAAGGCCACCUUGAAAUUGGGGAAAACCUGGACAUCAUAAGACAACGACGUCUUGCUCAUGUGUCAGGUCACAGGUCAUACUUUCUCAGGGGAGCAGGUGCCCAGCUCCAGAUUGCAUUACAGAACUUCGCUCUAGACAUCCUUCAGAAAAGGGGUUUUAUACCAAUGGUUGUUCCAGACAUGCUGAAAGGAGCUGUGUUUGAGGGUUGUGGGAUGCAGCCUUAUGCCCACCGCUCGCAGGUUUACUCUCUGGACCCAAGCCGCUUUCCCAACCUUAAUCUUGCUGGGACAGGUGAAGUUGGAAUUUCAGGUUACUUUAUGGACCAUGCUGUGAAUUUGAAAGACCUGCCAGUAAAGACGGUGUGCUGUAGCACAUGUUACCGAGCAGAAACUGAUACGGGUAGAGAAGCCUGGGGCCUUUACAGGGUUCAUCACUUUAACAAGGUGGAGAUGUUUGGUGUAACAGCAGAUGAAACUGGCCAGGAGAGUUCCCAGUUGUUGGAUGAGUUUGUGUUGUUGCAGAAGGAGAUUUUCUCUUCACUCAAGCUCCAUUUCAGGGUUUUGGACAUGCCCACUCAGGAGUUGGGGCCAUCAGCAUUCAGAAAGUAUGACAUUGAAGCAUGGAUGCCAGGCCGUGGAAAAUAUGGUGAGAUCUCCAGUGCAUCUAACUGCACUGACUACCAGAGCCGGCGACUGAAUAUUCUAUAUGAGAGAAGUGAUGGCAGUUCUAAGUAUGCACACACAGUGAAUGCUACAGCGUGUGCGAUCCCACGGACUAUUAUUGCACUUUUGGAAACGCAUCAAACAAAAGAAGGAACUGUACUUGUUCCAGAAGUUUUGCAGCCUUACCUUGGAAUAGAAGUGAUUGAAAAGCCUUCAUACACUCCCCUGAAAUACAUCGGACCUAAUCAGCCCAAUCGUACACCUCAUGAAAGUUCUACAACCUCCAAAUAACAUUGAUUUUACAGUAAACUUCAUAUUAACAGGUUUUCUAUAUUUAUGAAAAGCUAAAAUCCAGGGAGUAACAAGUUUCAUAUUUUUUUUUUGUUUGUUUUUUUCAAAGCAUAUUGUCAGCUGAUUUCUGUCAAUUGUGCAAAAGCUCUGCUUGCACCAUGCAUAUUUAUGAUUCAGCUACUGUGCUGUUGGUCUCCAAUUUCUGCUUUUAAAUUUCCAUUGCCAAGCUUUUAGAGCUUUUUAAAUGUGUUUAUAGAAAUAUUGUUGUAAGUUAAGUCUGGUUAUUAACAGGGACACCUAUUGUUGUGGCCUAGGCUUGUGUGAUAUUGAAAAAUGAGCAUUCCAUCGUUUUUGAGUUUAAGGAGUAGAUGAGGUCAUAAUAAAAUUAUUACCUAUGCUGUCAGGAACUGACAAACUCAAAACUUAAAUAUAACACAACACUUAUGUAGCAAACAUAUUUCUAUCAGCUCACUGUAAAGCACCCAAAAUCACCCAAAAAGCAAAAGAAAACUUAACAACUUAACACCUUAACAUCAUUUAAAAUAUUCUAUUUUGUGGGGUAUUUUUUUUUUGCUGUUUUGACCAUUAUUGUCUGAAAUGUCACCUUUAAUAAAUGUAAUAAACUGAUGUUGAACGUG